AUGGAAAAGAACACUAGCUCAUCAAUCAGACUUCAACGAAGCAUGAAAGAAAGAGAUCGAAGAACUCAAAUGAGACAUCUCCUUUCCUCUCUUGCUUCUGUUCUUAGUCCCCAGUUACCCAAGGUGUCAAUGCACUUGCUGCUUGAUGAAGCUAUCAGUCAUGUGAAGCAGAUGCAUGCUAGGAUAGACGAACUGAAGCUAAGGAAGGCACAAGCAGCUGAAGGAUAUGUUCAGAUUUCUCGCAUGGAUGAUCAAGUGGCUGAAGACAAUAACUUAAGAAUAGUGAGACCGGUUCUAGACAUAAGAUCUACUGCUCAUGAUUCUAUUUUAGAAGUAAAUUUGAUCAGUGGUUUGAAUAAGAACUUUAAAUUACAUGAUGUUAUCUGUGUUCGUCAAGAAGAAGGAGCUCAAGUAACGAGUUUUUCAUCUCAUAAAGUUGGUGAUCGUGUAAUCUAUACAAUUAAGUUUCAGGCUUUUUGUCCUAGAAUUGGAAUUGAGACGGUGAGAGUUCAUGAAAGGUUGAAAGGAUUAAUAGUUCCAGGUUUGGUUACCCCAACCAGGAGUUCGUAG